UGCCGCCUCGUGGCUGCGCUGCUCGUGGACCAUCCGAUCUCAUCCGAUCCUCGCUUUCUUCUUCUUCUUCCUUCAGCAUCCCUUCCAUUUGCUUCCCCCCCCCUCCCCACAGGCAAUCCGGGGUGGUGGGAAGGGGGCCAGCGCCGGCUAGCCCAGCUCUUAAGUGUGGAGUGGGUGGGUGGGUGGGUUUCCAGAAUCCAAGAUCGCCCCCUCCCCAUCGGAGCCCCUUCCAACCCGACGCCGCAGUGGAACAGGCGAGGUGCGUGGCUUAGCAUCCUUGAGGUUGGUUGCUGGGGGUCGGUGGGGGGCUUCCCCCCCCUCUCUCUCCCUCCCUCCCUCCCCCCUCCGGGAGUGGAGUGGGGGGGCUUUCUGCCUCUUUUAAGGGCAAGGGAUCCCUCGGAAGGAAGGCUGCGGAAGCGUGUUUUUUUGGGGAGGGGGGUUCUCGGAAUGUGGGGAGGGAAACGGGGGUCCCGAUCUGGAUCCAAAGGGUCUUGAAAAAAAGAAAAGAAAAAAAAAAUCUGCGGGGAAGGGAGGAGAAAGAAAGGAGACCCCCCCACACACACCUCUCCAGCCUCCUGCGGAUCUCCCACCACCCACCCACCCACUCGGGUGGAUUUCGGAAGCUCGCCUUGAUCCCUGCAGCGGAUCUGCUUGGCGCGAGCCAGGCCUGCGGUGGAGAAGCCGUCUUGGAUCGCAUCGGAUUGGGAGAAGCCGGCAUUGGGGGAGCUGGAGAAGCUGCACGGAUGGCAGAAGGACCGAGCAGGCCUUGGUCUGGCUGCUGCGGAACCUGAGACUAUUCGACGGCGGUUGCCUGCCGUAGACGUCCAUGAGGGCAGGACUCGCACUCGCCGCGCGCUCGGAUCGAGGCCCCCGGCAUGGCCUGUGCUUGGCUGAUCUUUCCCAACGGCCUCAAGAUGAUGUCUCGGAAGAAAAUCCUCCUCCUCUUCCUGCUGGCCUUCAGCACCGGCACUCUGCUCCUGCGCCAGAGUGUCCACUUCAGCUGGUUCCCAAAGUCUCCACCCUUCAGCUGCGCGCCCUGGGUCUCGCCGCACCCGAAGCACACUGCCGUAGCCUUCCUGAAGACCCACAAAACAGCCAGCACCACGGUGCAGAACCUGCUCUUCCGUUUCGCGGAGCGGCACAACGUGACGGUGGCCCUGCCCCACCACGCCUGCGACCACCAGUUCUGCUACCCCCACAACUUCUCGGCCCGCUUCGUGCACCCGUACACCAUCCCGCCCCGCCUCAUCGCCAGCCACCUGCGCUUCAACCACGACGAGCUGCGCCACCUCAUGCCCAACGACACCGUCUACAUCACCAUCUUGCGCGAGCCGGUGGCCAUGUUCGAAUCCCUCUUCAGUUACUACAAUCAGUACUGCCCGGCAUUUCGACGGGUACCCAACGGAUCCAUGGAAAUCUUCCUCAACAACCCGUCCCAGUACUACCGGUCCCAUGAGAAGUACGCCAUGUACGCGCACAACACCUUGGUGUACGACCUGGGAGGAGACCCCGAGCACAACCCCGAGGACUCCACGUACCUCCCCAAAUUUAUCCGUCAAAUAGAAGGCAUUUUCUCCCUGGUGAUGUUGGCGGAGUAUUUCGACGAAUCGUUGGUCCUUCUCCGCCAUCUUCUGGCCUGGGACCUGGAGGACAUUCUCUACGUCAAGCUGAACAUGCGCAGCCUGGAGUCCAAGCUCAACAUCAGUUCGGCCCACGUGGCGGCGCAGAUCCGCGCCUGGAACGCCCUCGACGCUGCUCUCUACGACCACUUCAAUGCCACCUUCUGGAAGAAGCUGAGCAAGAUGGACCAAGGUUGCCUCCAGAAAGAGGUCCGGGCCCUACACCAGGCCUGCGAGCGCCUGGCACGCCACUGCUUUCGCGGACAGCCCCAGCUGCGCCCGGCCAUGCAGAUCAAGAACAAAGACCUCCGGCCGUGGCAGCCCAGCGCCAAGGUGGAUAUCGUAGGCUACGACUUGCCGGGUUCGGGACCCCACUUGGACGAACAGUGUCUCAAACUGGUCAUGCCUGAGGUGCAGUAUUCCCGCUACUUGCUACGGAAGCAGAGCCUCAAAAACCGGCGUCGGGUCGUCCCCCAUCGGCCCCUCUCGCCCCAAGGACUUCUACCCCCACCUCGGCACCCGGCCAUCAAAGCUUCCUGAGCAGGACGAUGGGGGAGCUUAAAGAGGCCACUUGUGCAGGAUGGACGGCUGGUGGGGUUCUCUUGUCAAUGAGCUGCGAUUCUUUCUUUUUUUCUUUUUUCGGCCCCUGGGUCUCUAGGACUUUUCGACCCAGUUUUAUCCACUUAAAGAACUCAGGACCGAAGCAUCUAGGGUGAGCGGGACUCUCCUUUUCGAUGCCCCAAAGGAGCUGGACAUCAAUCGUGGCCCGUUUUUCAGCAGUCGGGACUUGAAAAUGAUGAAUGGGUUCUGCGAAUUGCCUUGCUUCCUUCCUUCCUUCCUGCUUGCCUUCCUCUUUUUUCUCCUUCCUUCCUUCCUUUCUUCCUUCCAUCCCUCCUUUUUCUGUUGUCCUUUUUCUCUUUCUUUCUUUCCUUCCUUCCUCCCUCCCUCCCCUCCUUUCCUUCCUUCCCUUCCCUCCCUCCUUUCCCCUUCCUUCUCUUCUCUUCCCUUUUUCAUUAUCAUUUGUUUCCCUUCUCUUCCCUCCCUCUUCCUUCCCUUCCUUUCCUCCCUCUUCCUUCCCUCCCCUGUCCUUCCUCUUCUUCUUCCUUUCCUUUCCUUUCCUUUCCUUUCCUCUUCCCUGCCCUUCCUCUUCCUUUCCUUUCCUUUCCUUUUUCCUUUCCUUCCCUGCCCUUUCUCUUCCUUUUCUUUCCUUUUCCCUUCCCUCCUUCCCUUCCCUUCCCCUCCUCCUUCCCCUUCCUUUUCUUUCCUCCCCUUCAUCUCUUCUUCCUUCCCUUCCUUUCAUCUCUUCUCCCUUCUCUUCCCCCUUUUCCAUUCCCUUCCCUUUUCCAUUCACUUCCCUUUCCCUUCCCUUCCUUUUUCUUUUCUUUUUCUUCCCUUCCCUUCCCUUCCCUUUUCCCUUCCCUUUCUCUUUCUCUUUCCCUUUCCCUUUCCCUUUCCCUUUCCUUUCCUUUUUCUUUUUCUUUCUUCCCUUCCCUUCCCCUUCCCUUCCCUUCCCCUUCCCUUCCCUUCCCUUUUCCCCUCCCUUUCCCUUCCCUCUUGUUUAUUUCCAUAUAACCAGAACAAAUUAGGGCCUUUUUCCUGCCUGGGAAUGUUUGAGGCUGGUCUUCACAACCUCCUCCUCUUCUGUAGCCUUCCCACAUUUCUUUCAGUGCCGUUUUUAUCUUUCCUUCCACUCCUAACAAACGUCUGAUAUAUUUUUUCCCCCCGAUCGGAUGAAGGAGAAACAUUGCUCUCGAUGUUCCGCUUCCCCACUUUUCAAAGAAAUUCGCUUCUGAUUUUUAGGUAACCGUAAUUAAACAGGUCACGCUCCCGUUCGGCCUCGACACGUGGCAGGCGCUGCUCUAUUUAUUUUAUUUAUAGAUUUAUUGCUAACAUUUCGUCCCACUUUCCUCCCGAAGACCUGAGAUAGCUGCAAUAGACACACACCUUCCGUGUCAUCCUCACAACGACCCUGCGAGGUAGGCUGGGACCGGCACGGAAGUUGCACCAGGAUUUGAAUAUGCAUUCCCCCCCCCAAAUCACAGCUCAGUGCUCCCAAUCCUUUAAGUAGCACUAAAUGGCUUUCCCUAGUGAAAGGUUGUGUUUACAGCUGUUUUUUUUUGGGGGGGGGAACCCAAAAACCUCACAACUUUUUAAAAUGGGAAAUGAAGGUCGUACAAAUGGAGGUUGGAAUGUGUGCCGUGCCUGUUUUUUUUUUUUUUGUUUGUUUUUAAAACACUUUUUUUAAAAAGGUGGAAGAAUUAAGGAGGAUGUCCCGAAAAGCACAAUAUUCCUCUAUAUUCCAAUAUAAUUCUGCUUGUCAUUUAUCGAGGAAGAAUCAAUGGGCUGUUAAUGGUUGUGUUGGAAAGAAUCUUUAUGCCUUGCCUCUUUAACGAAUUAUAGGUAGUCCCCAAUUUACAACGGGUUCGUUUAGUGGCCGUUCGAAGUUACGACGCCAGUGGGGGAAAAAAGGGGCUUGCAACCGUUUUUCACAGUUAACGACGUAAUCCCCUUUUUGCGACCUUCCGACAGGCAAAGUCAACGAGGGAGGUGGGGGGGAGAGCUGGAUUCACUUAACAACCAGGUUACUCAUUUAUCCACCGCAGUGAUUCACUUAACAGCUGAGGCAAGGAAGGUCAUAAAAAGGAAAAGAAGUGACUUACAACCAGUCCUCGCACUUACGACCGCUGGAAUAUCCCCACAUGUGGUGAAAAUUCAGGUGCUUGGCAACCUGCUGGCAAACAUAUUCAAUGGGAGAGGGGGAAGCAAGAUUCGCUUAAUGACCACAUGGUUCAUUUAACGGUGGUGAUUCACUUAACAACCAUAGCGAAAGGCUCAUAAAAUAUGGAUGCGGCUCUCUUAACCACCUUGCUUAACGAUGAAAAGUCUGGUUCCCAAAUGUGGCCUUAAGUCGAGGACUUCCUGUAUGUGAACUAUACUUCUGACCCAUAGCUUCCGCUUGGGCUCCUCUGCUGAAUUUCCCACCCUCUGUUCUUCUGUUUGAGUAGACCUGUCCCCAGGGGUCGGCUUCAAAAAUUUUAGCAAGGGGUUUCUCUGCCUGGGUGCUGGGUGGGCGUGGCUAUGGUGGGCGUGGCCUAGUUGGCCUCCUGCACCAUGGCAGAGGAAGAGGCGUUUUUGCCCUCCCCAGGCUCCGGAGGCUUUUCUUGAGCCUCCGGGACGGCGAAAAAGGCCUCCCCAAGCUCUGGAGGGCGAAAACUCGGGCCUCGAGGAAGUUCGGGAAGGCCGGAAACGGGCCCAUUUCCGGCCUUUCCGAACUUCCAGUAGGCCCAUUUUUCACCCUCCUCGAGCCCUGCACCUUCCUGCAUCCAAAACGGGCUGCAUGGGGACUCCUGGGAGGGGAGGGGUGGGCGAGGCCAGCCAGGAGUGGGAUUUGGGGCUUCUCCGAAAUGUACAGAAUCUUAGCUAGAGGUUCUCCCGAACCCCUGCGAAUCCCCAGCAACCCACCCCUGCCUGUCCCUGAUAACGUCUCUUCUGUCCUGCUGGCCAUUAAGUAAUCUCCCAGGCCCCUCGUAGGCAGAGAGUCCUUCAAUACUCCACUGUUAGGGACAGGCUAAAUAUCUGAACGGUCGGUCAUGAGUCAAUGGGCACAAUGAGACUUUUUAAGUUUUAAUGGGAAAUACAAAUCAGGCUGUAAGGAACAGAUCGUUCAAAAGGAUCUGCUCCAUCGAUGUUUAAUGGCUGUUCCUCUUUUUAUCAGUGGCGUUUUAGGUGACCUGGGAUGAGAAAUGCGUCUCUUGGCUAGGACGGAAAAAGACAAAUGAUCUCGUUGCUCGGCCCGCCCGAGAAAAAUAAAUCCAGAGCUUGUUCUUCCUGGCCUCGAUCUGUC